CAUGCAUUCGCAAGCGAUGGCCGCCAAAGUAGCACCAAAAUCUCCAACCAGAGGCUACCCCAAAAGUUGUGAGGUUUAAGUAUCAUGUCAUCCACACUGAAAUUGCGUCAAUUCUAUUAGCCCCCAACGUAGACUGCGGCCUUCUUUGCUAUAAGGUCAAUCAACAUCAAUACUCUGUCGUUUUUGUAAAGAAUGGUCAGACUUUCCAUUGUUGGACUCCUGUCCUUGGCUGGAAUAGCUGCAGCGGCCACCUCUCCAGACCAGACCUGCGGAGGUUCCAAUAGUUACACCUGUCCAGGAUCUCAAUGCUGCAGUCAAUACAACUGGUGCGGAACAACUGACGCACACUGCGGGACAGGAUGUCAGUCCAAGUUCGGUAAAUGCACGACUGGCUCCAGCAGCAGCGGGAGUGGCAGCACCAGCACCAACGGCAAGGUCAGCUCGGAUGGCACAUGUGGCGGCACUGCGGGAUAUACCUGUAAGGGAAGCACUUUCGGAACCUGUUGCAGCCAGUGGGGAUACUGCGGCAACACAGAUGCCCAUUGCCUCAACUCCUGCCAGUCAAAGUUUGGUGACUGCAGCUCCGUCACCAACGGUGGCAAGACGGUCAGCCAAGAUGGAACCUGCGGUGGAACGGGUGGAAAUACCUGUCGAGGUAGCAACUUCGGUGACUGCUGCAGUCAGUGGGGAUACUGUGGCUCGUCUACCGAUCACUGCAGCACCGGCUGCCAGUCAUCCUUUGGAACCUGCUCUUCUUCCUCAGGCGGAGGGGCUGCCGCCUCUUCCUCAGCAGCGCAACCUGCAUCCACUGGCGUCAAGACAAGUCCAGACAACACUUGUGGUGGCUCUAAUGGCUAUACAUGCCCUUCCGGAUUGUGUUGCUCGAAGAAUGGAUACUGCAACACCGGCGACGACUUCUGUGGCUUUGGGUGUCAGACCUCCUUCUCACCGGGAACGUGUGCGACCUGCCCUGGCUCAGCUUGCGGUGGUACGGUAACGAGCAACCCGACUUGCUCCGCAAACAACGGCUACUGCUGGACAUUGAAUUCAAAGAAGUUCCAAAUCGUUUGCGGAAGGCUUGCCUCCGGAGACUAUCUUGGCUACGUUGAUGCCACAAGCUUGGGCGAUUGCAUUUCCAAGUGUGCCGCAAACUCGGCUUGUGUUGCUGCUUCUUUCUAUCAGGGCAGCAGCACGAGCUGUAGCUUGCUGAGUAGUUAUCAAGGAUCGGCUUAUGGCAACUCGGCAGGUGGUCAGCAGAACCAUGCCUACGUCCGCGGUCCCAGCUGCGGGUGAAGGCGUGUUGUGAACGUGCGGCUUGACCACGGCUUACAGUCACCAUCAGGAAGCCGAAACUGCGCGGCAACGGUAGAUGAUCCCUGUAAGACACGGAGUUUUCGUUAGAAAACACCAUGGACCUGGAUUAUUAUUUUUUUUUCAAAGAAGGCCCUAGCUUUAGACUCAAUUACGACGAAGUAGGAAUACCAGACACAAGCGUUAUUCAGCCAGCUGCAAAAACUGGCUUUCAAGAGGCCUUAUGUACGAUGCGGAACCUGCAUCCUACGCGAUCUGCGAGACGGGCCAGCGGUAGAACACGUAUACGCCUGUCAAAUAUUCGGGGAACACGUUAAGCUGAGAAAACGGAUCGUCUGAGCUCUUCUCUCAAGCUGGACAAAGGGCUAUACGUAGAUCCUAAC